CCAGAAGGAAGAGAAGUACAAAAACACGGGUGGGUUAGGUGCCUCUUGGAUAUAUAUGAUUUUCCAACGCUCCUGCUAUAAAUGCAUCUCAUUCUUUUCAAAUGCCCAAACACUAUUCUAGAUCAACAAUUCAAGUCUUGGUUCAUUCAUAUUUCAUUAUUAUUAUUAUUAUUGAUUGUUGAGAAGCAAAAUCAUCAACUUUGAAGGGUAGCAAGAAGAAUUUAAGAAAUGGGUGAUGAAGCAAUACCCUUGAUUCAACCCUUUUCUUCCAGCAACCUAUUACAACAAGAGUCUUUUAAAAGAACUGGUAAUCUGCAGAGGGCAGUGGCACAUAUAAUAACAGGUGUGAUAGGGGCAGGGGUACUGUCUCUAGCAUGGUCGGUGGCACAGUUAGGGUGGAUUUCAGGUCCUCUCAUUAUUAUCAUCUUUGCAUGCAUUACUGUUCUUUCAUCGUACCUUCUGAGUGACUGCUACAUAUUCCCUCACCCUCAACAUGGCAACAUUAGGUGCCCCUCCUACACACAAGCAGUCAAGUUAUACCUAGGAGAGACCAGGGAAAAGGUAUCUGGAGUGCUGGUGCAUGCCAGCUUAUAUGGUACCACCGUGGCCUAUAUCAUUACAUCUGCUACCAGUGCCAGAGCCAUUUUGAAAUCAAAUUGUUAUCACAAGGAAGGGCAUCAGGCUCCUUGUAAUUAUGGGGAUACAAUGUAUAUGAUUCUGUUUGGACUAGUUCAGAUCAUAAUGUCAUUCAUACCAGAUCUCCACAACAUGGCAUGGCUUUCAGUUGUUGCGGCCAUAAUGUCCUUUACAUACUCAUCUAUUGGACUUGGACUUGGCAUCAAAACAGUAUUAGAAAAUGGAAGAAUUAUGGGGAGUUUGACAGGAGUACCGGCUUCAAAUAUUGUUGACAAGUUAUGGUUAGUCUUCCAAGCAAUUGGUGAUAUUGCCUUUGCCUAUCCAUAUACAGUCGUCCUCCUUGAGAUACAGGACACUCUUGAGUCUCCAUCAGAAAACAAGACCAUGAAAAAGGCCUCCACUAUUUCUAUCCUCAUUACAACAUUCUUCUACCUCUGCUGUGGAUGCUUUGGAUAUGCAGCUUUUGGAAAUCAAACACCAGGAAACCUCUUGACAGGAUUUGGCUUUUACGAGCCUUAUUGGCUCAUUGACUUUGCUAAUGCUUGCAUUAUUGUUCAUUUGAUAGGAGGAUAUCAGAUUUUCAGCCAACCGAUAUAUGGUGCUUUCGAGAGAUGGUGUUCAAAAAAGUACCCCAAUAGUGGCUUUGUGAAUAAUUUCUACCAAAUGAAACUGCCUCGGUUGCCAACUUUUCAGCUGAACGUGUUCAGGUUAUGUUUUCGAACAGCCUAUGUGGUUUCCACGACUGGACUUGCGCUCCUGUUUCCAUACUUCAAUCAAAUUCUAGGGGUGUUAGGAGCCAUUACCUUUUGGCCAUUGGCCAUAUAUUUCCCUGUAGAGAUGCACUUUGUGCAGAGGAAUAUUGAACCUUGGUCUAGAAAAUGGAUUGUCUUUAGGACCUUCAGCUUUAUUUGUUUUCUUGUGUCAUUGUUUGGUCUCAUUGCAUCACUUGAAGGAAUCAUAAGCCAGAAACUAAGUUAAUGAAGGCUGCUUCAUUUCUUAUCUUUCAUGUAUUUCAGUUUCAGGCCAAUUUUAUUACUACUGAGUUAAUAAAGGACAUAUCAAAGUGAAAGUGGUGUUGGACAUGGAAUAGUACUAUUUGCCGAAGAACACCCUUUAAAUAAAGUGCAAAGCUACAUAAACUUGUUCAUGUACAUACAAAACUUGUAUAGUUCUAUUGAUUAUGAAUUAUUUGAUUCAA